UUCUACGAUACCGCCUGUUAAUGCUUCAGGGAGCUGAUGAAUCUAAGAUGGAUACUUUUGACGAUGCCACUCUAUCGGUGUUGGAGGCUGCCAGUGUUGAUGAGGAGGCUUUGAAAGGCCUUAGCCGGGAUGACCUGAGGGAUCUUUUUCCUGGCCCAGAGAAUUUCCUCAAAAGAAAGAAACUUUGGAAUUUCAUCAGUGAAAAUUGUGAAAAUACCACGGACCAAGAUGCCAACAAUUGUGCCAUGCCACCAUGCCAGCCUCAAACCUCAACCCCCAUAUCUGCUGAGAAAAAAAUGAAAAUGCCAGACCCUCCAGAGUAUGUGGUGUACACAGAUUCAGAGUUAGACAUGGUGCGUAGUCAAUACUUUGCACUGCUCUGCAAUGGAAAGGAAAAAAAUUACAAACUGUCCAAGGAGCUAUGUUGCAGACUUGUAAGGAACACAAUAACCAGUAUGGUUGCUAUCCUGCGUGCUAGUCCCAUGGGGAAAGAAGUCAGUUACCCGUCAAAAUUGGAAAUAAGAGCCAUGUCACAGAAGAUUAUAGACUAUUACCCAAUGUUACGGGAUGAUGAUCCAAACAUGCCUUAUCUGACUAUCUACACCAAAAUGUACAAGCGACUCCAAAAUAUGAGAUCCCCACGGAAGAGGCAAGGCUCUGUACCACAAAGAGGAGCGGCAAAGACAGCUCUCUUCAGUGCAGACAACCAAGACAUGGAGACGGAUUGGACAGACACAAGCAACUCAAGUGAUAAUACCUUACUUCUUGAGAGCAAUGAUGACCUUACCGAGGACAACUCCAGUGAAGCAUUCCCAGCACAUCGACCCCCCUCUGUGCCAAGGAAGCCAAAGACCAAAACCUUCCUGCUGCCAUCCGCAUCAGCCUCAGGCUCCUCACUCAGGACUGUGAUCGCUUCACCAACCACGCCUGCAAAGGAUGAUGUUGUCGGCCAGGACAGUCUGAAAAUGCAGGCUAAGCACUACAAAACCUUGAGCAACAUGUACAAUAAGCCAAAUGCAAAACCCAAUCAAAGUGAUGUUGCUCAAGUUUUAGACCUUGAGUUUAAGGCCAGACGGGCUUUCAUUGAUGCAGAUGUUACAAGGGAAGAAGACCGACCUGCAAAAAUCUUUGAGGCAUAUCCAUGCUUUAGAGAUGUUCGAAAUGCAAUGGAUGAGCUGCGGCGCAUAGUAGGUGGCACCAACAGCAGAUACAUCGAGGAAGUGAAAGGAAGAUGGGUAGACUUUUGUGCCAAGGUGCAGUUCUAUGGUGUGUGGAAGAAAGCCCUGAAACCCCCCUUUCCAUCGGAUGUCCGUGGAGUGGAGUUCACGCUUGCCCUCUUCAAUGCACUCCCAUCCCUUUUCCCCUCACCAACUUCACCACCAAAGAAGCUUGGAAAUAGCUGUGAGGCACUUCUUCAUGUCCUGAAGUCAGGCGAAGACCCUGCCCUGUACCUGGAAAAGCAUCCUCUCUCCUCCCCAGUUCUGCUUUCUGAUGGCUCAACCACCAUUGUGGCUGUGGGUAAUGUACCUGUGACCACCCUCCCUCAGGAAGAUUUCUCAGACGGGAUGUUGGUGUUAAUGGCAUAUUACUACACUUUGCACUUAAGAUAUCCAAAAUGUGUUGCAACGCUCCUGUCAGUAAUUCAAACAGAGGUAAUUGGUGACACAAUCCACGAUCAAGAUGCCACUAGUGCUUACAGGAAAGCAAUGGCUGAUUGGAAGUAUUUCAUUGAGAAGUAGCUGAGUAUUUUGUCAUGCCAGUUCUUAUUGUUAGCUGUGAGUUCUUAUUGUUAGCUGUGCCUAAUAAUAGUUUUGUGUUGCACAAGCUUAUACAGUCACUGAGUUAUUACCUCAUUUAGGCCUGUAUUUAAAAUGAUAGUUAAGGAAAAAUCCAUAACUGAGGGCUGAGAAGUGUUUUUGUUUUUUGCCCUUUUGCUUUUAAUUUCUUUUAUUUUUAUGGAAAAGUAUUCAAAUGUCUAUAGCAAACUUGACUUGCUGAUGUUAAAUAAAUGUUGUCUUAAGCCAUGUUA